UCCCCCAUGAGUCAACCUGCUCUCUUUCCUUAUGACCCUUCUGCAUUGAGGCUGCUGCUGCCAUUUUUCUCUGCUGCCUGCUCCUUCACACAUCUGAAGCAAAAUGGCGUCUGGGGUAAAGAUUUCUGAUCAAGUGACAGAUGUCUACAAUGAGAUGAGACUGGUGAAAAAUGACUCCAAUAGCAUGGAACGCAUCAGAUUGGUAGUGUUUGAGAUCAAAGACGACCAGAUCCAACCGAGCAAAAUUUUCAGGGAAAAAGAUGUGCUUGAAAAGAAGAAUGUAUACAAGCUUUUCCUGGAGCAGAUGGACUCGGAACAUUGCUGCUACCUCUUAUACGACUGCCACUAUGAAACCAAGGACUCACCCAAAGAAGAACUCGUAUUUGUGAUGUGGACUCCUGAUACAUCAACCUGCAAAGAAAAAAUGCUUUACGCCAGCUCAAAGCAAUACAUUAAGGCCGCUGUGGCAGGUAUCAAGCACGAGUUGGAGAUCAAUGACCGAUCAGAUGCCGAGAUGGAGGACUUUGCAAGCAGUCUGGGGAAAAAUGUCUUGGGGAUUGAGGGCAACACUUUUGGAAGCAGAAAGAAAUAAACAAAGCAAAAGAGGACCAUUAAAGGGGAUUUGAGAUGAGGACACCAGGGCUUCUAAAUUAACCUCUGUUUUAAGGAUUAGGUCAACACAGUUUAAAGGGGAGGGUUGGGCUCUGCAUAGGAUUACCUGUUACCUGUUUCACAAUCUGAUGUCUGGACUCUACUACAUUUUCUAGUUACACCAGCUUGGCUUAAUCAGUCUUGUUGACAUAUAAUUUUAUUAAUGAUUGGACAUAUUCAUACAUUGAUACUAUUGUCUGUCACUUGACUCUUUGCAACAAUUGCAUGUGAUGGCUGUUACAACCCUGCCCAUUCCAUCUGCAUUGCUUUUGGUGUUGGUUAAUAAUUUGUUCUCUGCAUACAUCUAUAUCUUGCACAUCCAAAAUUAGUUUACAGGUCAAAAUAGCCAGGCUGGAACUUUGAUAUAAAUCUUUUUUUCUAGACUGUUACACUUUACUGGAUACAAAAUAGUAUGACUUUUUACAAACAAAAAUAAUUUCUAUGAAAAUGCAGCAGUCAGUGUAUUGAGUAUUGCUAAAUAAAUUCGAUGCAAUCAA